GCGCCCAAUCGCUCACACUCACUCAGUCUAUCAGCAGUGGUAGUGCAGAGAAGGGCUGGAGAGGGUGUCCUCCUUUCUCUCUCUUUCUCUUCAGUCAUUGCUCUAUCCCCUCUCUCUCUCUCUCUUCCUAUCCACUCACUCACUCGCUCACUCCCUCUCUCCACCCCUCUCUCUCUCUCUCUCUCACUCUCUCUCUCUCUCUCUCUCUCUCUCUUUCCCUUUCCGUGAGUGCGAUCUGUUGUCAGUUUGGCCGUGACUUUAACCGGGCGACAGGAUGUCUUCAGUCGCACUCUCUGCCACCUUCUUAUUAACAGGAGCUUGAAGAAGCAUGCUGCAACAGGGUGGCAACUGACUGUACAGGUGAACAAGAGAGAGAAAGUGUGUGUGUGUGUGUGUGUGUGUGUGUGUGUGUGCAUGUGCGUGUGUGUGGAGGGAACACCGAGAAAGAAGGGGACCUUACACUCUUGUCUCUGCGCUUCAAAGAGGUGAAGCGUGGGGACAGCCAUGAGGACCACAUACAGAAGACACCGAGCCAUGAGUGUGUGUAAGUGUGCGUGAGAGAAAGACCACUCAUCUGCCGUUCCAUGUGGACACUGAGAUGACCAUGUACCCACGCUGGUCCUUCAACACACUGACCGUCAUAUUCCUCCUGCUGUCCACUGCAGCUCUGUCAGCACACUUCCGAGUGUGCGAGCCUUACUCUGACCACAAGGGGCGCUACCACUUUGGGUUCCACUGUCCCCGGCUCUCUGACAACAAGACUUAUAUGUUCUGCUGUCACCAUAACAACACAGCCUUCAAGUACUGUUGCAACGAGACAGAGUUCCAGAGCGUCAUGCAGCACAACCUCACCACCAGCGGCGAUGGCUUCACACACAAUAACUACACGGCGCUGAUUGGCGUGUGGGUGUACGGCUUCUUCGUCAUGGUGCUGCUGGCGCUCGACUUCCUCUACUACUCGGCCAUGAACUACGAGGUGUGCCGCGUCUACCUGGAGAGGUGGGGCCUCGGGGGCCGCUGGCUCAAGAAGGCCCGCAGCCAGUGGCACCACCACGCCAUCGCCAUGGAGACGGCCGCCGCCGACGAAGCCCUGGGAGGUAUUGGGCCUGGGGCCAGCCUGGUCCUGGGCCCCCAACACCACCACUCCCAGCACAGCCACCGGGGGGAGCCACAGAGCCCUACCCUCAUGACCUUCCAGACCUCCACCGCCUGAGACAUGGCCUCGCCCAGAUGCUGCUGUGUGUGUGUGUGUGUGAAGUGGGGCUGGACUACGGAGAGGAUCCUGAGUGAAUGACUGAUUGAGACGGGAAGGGGCCUUUCCUGUCCUCCCCUAUCCCAUCAGCCCCUUCCACACGGACUUUACUCUUCACAUGGAAAAACAGCCGCCCCUCUGGGGUCCAAGGGGGGGUUGUCUGUAUUUUUUGGAGGGGGAGAGGAGGGAGGGUUGUUCUCUACCUCUCCCCUGCCCCGAUCCUGAUGUGACUCACACAAGAGACUUGAGAAUGGGACAGCGGAGUCAUUGACGUGAAGGGGCAACGCACCCAGCGGUAGCAACCAUCUGCUAGAAGAAAAAAGGGGGUAUUAAAAAUGGAUACUCAGAAUAAAAAUACACCCGAGGAGCACAUUCUCUAACCCCCCUGCGUUGUGUGUGUGUACGGACUGAGGUAACCCGAGGCCACCCGUGGCUGAGCGAGAGAGGCUUCAGCUUAUUAAUAUCUCUUUGGUAUGUUCUUCUCAUUUGCACUGCGCUGAAAGCCAGGUUUUGGCUCUGUAAAGUCUUAGCGGUAGGAUUAUUUAUAACUGUUAUAAGGGUUGAAAUGGAUCUUUUCCAUGUGGACUACAACAAGGGCACAUUCUUUGGAUGGGUCACUGAUAUUGGCUGGUUAAGAUAAGAAACGGUAGGUUUCUUUUUUUUUGCCCUUAUCAAAGAUUAAAAGCAGAUCCUUGGUGAGCGUAUAAUACAAGUAUAAACCUCAGAGGAGACGGUUAGUAGUGAGGAAUCUUUUCCACAUCAAGCAUUUAAUUCAAAGCAAAAUGGUUCCUUUCAGCAGCCAAGAACCUUUGAUUUGAUGCUCCCUUAGAACACUGCAAUUUUAUCACCCGGCUUUAAAGAACCUAGACCUGGACUAAAAAAAAUACUGCACACUUGCAAUAUUGUAAUAUUAAAUUGAACUACUGAGAUGAAGAGAUAAGAUCAUGACCUAUAGCCAAACAGAAUUACCUGAUAAAGCAAUAUAAUUAUCAUGUAGUAACUUAUGACGAGUUGCAGUUGGAACAUUAUCUAUUUCUGCCAUAUUUAAUAGUCUGUUUAUGAGAACUAGCACAGGGAUCAUGGAAUGAAUGUUUUUGCCAUUUCAGGCUAACUUGAUUUUAGAGGGACCGCUGUUCUUGUUUUCUUGAAGGUAUUAGUUAGAGAACGCAGAGUUCCUUAGUGCACCUUUGUUAGAUAGGGAAGAAAACAGUAGAGUGUAGAAACACGUCAGUUGUUGUACCUCUGUUUUUGAAGUCCCUCUUCUUCUUCACUGCAGAAUUGAAUUUGUUGUGGGUCUAGCAGGUAAAACAACGAGGUAGCCAGUUUCGUAGGCUAUUAGCAAAGCCAAUAACGCACAUACUUGUGUUGUGUUUCUCUAUGCUCAGUCAGCUCAUCUGUGCUCUUGAUGGCUUGUGAGAAGGAAUUUUGUUUAGGAUAAGAUACGGCUUUACUUGAUUUUACACUGGGAAAAUUUACUUUUUAUUUGGAAGACAGAUCCAGCAAUAAACAUAUAUUUAAAAAGCAGAACAUAUAAAUCCCAAUAUAAAAUCUGUUGAAAAAUUGAAUCUUGGAGUUAAAUCUUAAUUCCCUUCAUUUUUUUUAUUGGAUGGCAUAAUGGAUCAGUAAUGAUCAGUAAUUAGAGACAGAGUGGUUAAAUGAGGAAGUAUUCUCACUGGGCCUUCAGUAUCACAGUUCAGGGACUUUGCAUUAGUUAAGUGCUUUUGUUGACUAGUUUGAAGUGCUAGGUAGUACAAAAUCUGGACACCAUUUAUGCUAACUGUCCUUACUACAGUGUACCUACUAAAGUAAUAAAAAGCACUUCAGCUUUUAUUACAUGGUAUUAUACCUACCUUACAUGUACUUAUGUACCAAUGUAAAAAGUGCAUUGUAUUUUAGGACACUUAAUAUAGAUUGUGGCCCAAAACGUUUCCUCUUAUGCUUGAAAGGAAAGCACCAACACACACACACACACACACACACACACACACAAAUAUACACACAAUCACUCUUGUUCUUGAAGUUAUGAGUUAGUGGUGGUAACAGUUGCCUUACAGUGAAUCAACAGUAUUCUUGUGCUUUGUUUAGUAGUGCAAGGAGCUUAAACAAAGGAGUGGGGGUGGGGUUUGGAGGGUGGGUGGGGUGUCCAACUUGAUCACUCGAUCCCUUAUUUUGUUUUUUUGUGUGUAUUCUUAUGGCUGUGUAUAAUGUUCCGUCCAGGUGGAGAUGUCAUUGCACUCGUUUGUUUUUUUUUCUCUCUCUCUCUUUCUACUGUAACACACAGGGAUAAAUAAAGAUCUAUCUUUUGCAGUGUG